AUGAAUAUAUUAAACAGAAGAUUAUUAAGAAAUAGUAUUAAACCAAUAGGUAUAAUUAGAUUUAAUUCAAACCUCCCCGAAUCAAAUCAAUCAAAGAAACAACUACCAACAAAAGAAGAAUGGAAUCAUUUAAAAUUACAUAUUCCAGGCGAAGAAAUUCAAACAAAUACAUUAAAAGAUAGAAUCCCUAAAUGGCCAUUAAGUAAAGAAGCAGUUCCUACUUUAUUGCCAAGGCCUAAUGUACCACAAGUUGGUAAAAAUUUUACUUUUAAACAAGUUAUCACAAUUUUAAAAAAUAAAACAAAACCAGAAUUAAUAUAUGAAGCAGAACCACAUAGAUUAUACUUUCUUAUUUUCUUUGCAGCUGGAUUUGUAUUUUUUGUAUAUGGUUGUGUAUUAUUAGAAUGGUCUUGGUUUUUAUCUAAUAAAGAAUAUAAUGAGAAUGAAAAAGAAGAAACAAAUGAAACAAUAAGAAAAAGAGAUUGGUUUUUAUCAUUCGGUUUAUAUUUGGUCCCUUCAUUUGCAGUUUUCUCCUUAGCUUAUUUAUCAAUUAUUUUCCCUACUAAAUUAAUUAGAAGAAUGUGGUAUUUACCUGGUCCAAAAGAAUAUGUUAAAUUUACAGGGUAUCCUUUGAUCCCAGGAAAACCAACACCAGUAUAUACUAUCCCAUUAACCAAUUUAUCAAGAAGAAAAACAACUAGGAUAUGGACGGGAAAGGGAUUUUAUGGAACUUCAGAUAAGGGGUUUUUCUUUUUCGUAUUGAAUGAAAAAUUACCAUCAGGAAGGACUAAAUCAUGGAUAGUUGAUAGGAAAGGUUUUUUUUGGUCCGAUGGAAGAGUAUUUGAUUAUUUAUUCGGUAAAGAAUCAUUAAAAGAAGCAGAGGCUGGUAUUCCAUAUGAUCAACAAUUUAAAAUUAUAAAUAAAGAAUUAAAAAAGAAGAAAAAACAAUUAAGAGAUGAAAAGGGGACAUUUUGGAGAUAUAAAAUGAUGAUUGAUGAAGUGAAAACAGAUGUAAAUAAGGCUAAAAACUACAUAAGUGGCAAUAAGAAACAAUUGCCACCAAAGAGUAAAUAG